GAUUCUCAUAUAAAUUCUCAAUAUUUUACUUUACUGACUACAAGCCGUUGUAUCAACCUGGUCGUGAAUCUCAGCCGUUGACUGCCCCUCCACGCCGUAUCUCGGUGUGCCCCACCACCUCGGUGAGCCACCCUCACCGAAAAUGUUUCUCCAGUAUCUUCACCUACAUCUUCAAUUCCACACCCAAAUCCUCCAUCUGAAACCCCCCCCAACCACAACCCAAAAUGGCUCCUCAACCCCCAGGUCUCAAAAAGCCAUCCGCGCGCACCCUCCGCCACCAGCGAGUAACAGGCCAAAUCCACCCGCAAGCCCCCCAAAAAGUCUUCCGCGACGACGCCGCAGUGACAGACUCCUUCCUCUCCAGCAAGCGCGACAAGCGCCUCAUCAAGCACUCCUCCUUCGUAUCACGCAUCCAAUCAGCCCGUAUCUCCAAAUCCACGAAGCGGCGACGACCGUCGAAGAAACUAGCUGCAAAUCUAGAGAGUCUAGCUGAUGCGCUGCCGGAGUUGGAGGAGGGCGCGGAGGUUGAGCAGGGGAAAGUUAGGCAUAAGAGCUUGAAGAGUAAGAAGGGUGCGUUGAAGAGGAAGGAGAGGGUUGUUAAGGGCGAGAUGGAGAGGUUUGGGGUUAGUAUGGCGAGGUUGACGCAGCAGGAUGGCGUGGCUGCGCAAAAGGCUGAAGCGGAGGAGAAGAGUGCGCCGGCGCCGACUGCGAAUCGGUGGGCGGCGCUGAGGGGGUAUAUCUCUUCGACGAUGGAGCAGAAUCCUGCUUUUGCUGAGAAGAACUAAGGAGGUCGACGUGGAGAGGAUCUAAGAUACCAAAGAUGGAGAUCAAGUCCAUAUGUGACGUUACAAAAGGGGGCAGACGCAAUCUUCACAAAAUUUUGCUCAGGCGUAUGGAGUUAGAAUCGUAUACUUCAAUCACAGGCCGAGGACGGAUAAUAAAACUUAUAGCAUUGAUCCUGAAUGACAAAAAGCUAUGUCUAAAUUGGCAUAAUCUAGGGAACCAUUUUGACGAG